CUCUUGUGUUAAAAGAUGCAGGCUGCACCGAAACGCCGUACUGCAUCCCUCUCAAGAAGUUAGGGCUCGCCAAAAAUACAGAAAGUCUAGAUAGUCCACACGUAUGACUGGCCUUACCUGAAGUUUGCUGUUGUAACGUUCGGCGUCGGUCAGUAAUGCACUGAUGGGUCCACAUGUGCGCAGCCGACGAAUGCUUUAGAACAUGGUAUCACCAGGCCAUGAUGUUCCAAGCUUAUGGGUAUCGGCUACGGCACGUGAGCUAGAGCGCAUCCGUGUAAAGCGUCGCGUGCUCGAGGCCGCAGCAAGCGCUGCUGUGACAGCAGCGAACCAGACUGCACCUGUACAACAAACCGCUGCCGUCCCUCCGGCAAACGAGAAUAAUGCAGCGUACCGAAAUGCUCGCAUCAAGUCGCAGGCUCGCAAACUUUUGGACGAGCUGCAAACUGCGGACACAAGCUUGGGUGACGCUUCGCACAGCCUUAAACUGCUAUUCGCGAAACAAGCCUUACGGUCCCUGGCGGAACGUCAGGCUGCUGCUGCAGCCGAGGAGGAGCAGCGAAAGCUUGACCAGCUGAAGGCUAAGCUGGAAGAGGAACGCAAGCGGUUGCUGGAAUAUCAACAAUUGCAGCAACAGCAAGCCCAGCAAACUCAGCAACAGCAGGCUCAGCCGAAGGACCCUGCGAAGGCCCAAGCAGAGCAGCGACGGCAACGCAGCCGGUCAGUAAGCGGCCGCAACCGCCGCGGCUCGCCAUCCAAGAGGUCGCCCUCGUCUCAGGUCCAUGCCGGCGAUGACUAUGACGACAGUGCCAGUGGUGGCGGAUCCGGUAGCGGCCUUUCGUACGACAGCGACUCGUACGGCAGGGAUGCCGUACAUGUGCGCGAUGCUCGGCGAAGCGCAGCACGGCGCCACCAUUCUGCGAACAGCGCGGGUCAUGAGACCCUUGUCCGCGGGGCUGUAACAGCCCAAGCACUUUCAGCUCUCCUGGCAGGGUUGCAGUCUCACGGGCUCAACCUUACUUCAGGGCCGCCGCCACCGCCGCCUGCUGCUGUUGCAGCGGUGCAAACUGACCCUGUUGAGCUUGACAGCGACCCGUGCGGACCCAUGGGUCAGCGCCGUGGCAGCACCGCAGGCGGUGGCAACCGCAGGUCCGGCGGCGGGACGGUAGCAGGGCGCGGCAGUGCCGGCGGCAGCCUUGCCGGUUUUGACGACGCAGGUGUCGGCCGGCAAAGGCAGCAGGAGCAGGAACAACAGCAGCAGCAGUACGUGUUACUGCCGGAUGGAACGAUCGGGCUGUUGCAUGCCAUUGUGAAGCCCGCUGUGCUACAGCCCCAAGUGCCGCAAAUGCCCCAGGCAAAUGGCAUGCCGCCCCCGCAUGCGGUACCGCUGAUGGUGCUGCCACCAGAUGCUUCAGGGGGACUUGCCGCAGGUGGGGCGUUGUACCCGGGGGCUGCGCUGCAUGCAGCGCAUUGGCCUAUGGGAGGAGCAGGAACGCAGCAGCAGUACGGCAGCAAUACUAUCACGGCAGCGUCAAGGGGAGUGUAUCCGUACGGCAGCCCUCUGCCGCCAAUGCCUGGGCAGCACCCGUCCUCACCAUCCUCUCAGUACUACGGCUCUCCGCAAGCCAUGCAGCAGCAGCCGCCCUCGCAGCACCAACAGCAUUCGAUGUACGGCAGUGCUCCACCGCCGUACCCGUACCAAUCAUCUCCGUACAGUUACUACCCUCCACCCGCUUCCCCCAGCGCUUACAAUGCGUACGGACAGCACACCUCUGCAGGCCCGCCAGGGGCACCGCCGCCGCCGCAAUCACCGUCAGCGCCGUACGCUCAUUCGCCGUACAACCAUCACCCGUACAACCACCAGUACAUAACCUCAGAUCCUCGCUUUUACAGCCCCCAAGGGCCCCCGCCUCCUCCGCAAUCCUCGCCCUACCACGUGCCGUCUCCCGACCGCCCUCCGCCGCCGCCCUACUCCCAGGACCCAGCAGCUCCUCCCCCGCCUCCCUACUACCAUGCCUCAUUCAGCCCGCACUACCCCAGCACCGCCUCCCCGCCUCGCCCACCUGCUGACCUGGAUGCCGGCAACUCCCGUUACUUCAGCCGCAACUCCAUAUCCUCCCUCUCCUCCGAGCCCCACACCCACCCCGCGGCCCCCUUCUCCUCACCCUUCAGCCAAAACCCAAAUGGGGGUAUGUCAGGAUCUGAGGACCGCGGCUCUGCCGCCGCCGCAGGCGGCGGCGGCGGCAGCGGCGGAAGCCGCCCCACGUCUCCGCCGCAGGCGGCGCCUCCUCCUCCUCCCAUGUCCUCCCAUGCAGACGCCCUUUCCUCCUCUUCACUGCCGGGAAACGGCCCCGGCGGUAGCGGUGGGGCUCCCAGUGGCGGCCGCUACCACCACCGCAGGAGCCACAGCGGUGCCGACUCGCUGCGCUCGCUGCCGUCCAACAGCGGCUGCGGCUCGCUGCGAGGCGGAGGCGGUGGUGGUGGUGGUGGCGGAGGAGGAGGUGGCGGCCCGGGAUCACUGUCGCCGCGGGAUAGCUUGCAGGGACUGGACAGCCCCGCCUCCUUCCGUGACAUGCCCCGACAGCACGAGGGCGGCUUCCCGGACUCCCCCUCCGGCUCCUCCUCCGCCGCGGCGGGAGCCUCGGGCCGGCGGGGCGGCGCCCCCUUCAGCCUGGCGACGGUGCCUGAGGGUGCCGCCAUUGCACCACAGCCGCCUCCACCGCCUCCGCCAUCAUUGCAACCGAGGGGCGAUUCCAGCGCGGGUUCAGCUGCAGAGUCCGUCAUCUUCAUGCCGACGGGUGGUCACAGCAACCAUGACGCUGCGGCGGCCGCGGCGGGGGCGGCGUCAGGGGGUGGUGGCGGUGGGGUGGGUGGCAGGGAUGGCCUUGCCUCGGGUGUGGGGUCUGGAUCGUCCUAUGAGGAGCCGUCGCUGCUACUGCGGACGCUGGAAAUGAAGGGGUCAGAUGAUCCGCCUGAGACGCCCACCAGUCGCAAACCCAGCGCCAGCCACCUACCCCGCAGCAUGCCCCCACCCGACACCUCCACCAUUCCCGUCCCCAGCUACUCCAGUUACUACUACUCCCCCUACUCCCGCGCACUCGUCCACGACACGGCCCUCGGUGCCGCCGGCCAGCCUCCGUUGUACGGCGGAUCUACCCUGGAGUACGGCACAUCAGCGCUGUACGACCGUUACGGACCGUAUGGACUGCAUGACAGCACCGGCGCCGCUGCCGGCAGCUCCUACGCGGGGUUGGGUCUGGGCGGUACCACUGCUACUGCCGUGGGCUCGAAUACCGCUGGCUAUGGCGGGGUGGGUGCUGGGGGGUCUUCGGCCGCCAACACCACCGGCAUGGCCCUCCGCAGCACAAGCCAUGAGAGCGCCGGCAGCAGCAGCGUGGGUGCAGGCGCGGAGCAGUCGCCGCAGGCGGGGGUGGCAGGAGGGGCCAAGGCAGCAGGUGCCGGCGGGCAGCCGCAGCAGCAGCACCAGCAGCAGCGUGGGGGCGAGGGCGGCGGCGGCGGCAGCACAGCGCUGGCGUUGACGGCAGCGAUCCUGGAGGGUGGCAGCAGCGGGGCAGGGGCAGGCGGACCAGGUCUGGCUGCAACUGGUGGCGGCAGCAGCGGGGGCGGCCAGUCGUCCAAUGGGGGAGUAUCCGUGGGUUUGACGGCUGCCGCGGUUCAGGGAUUGCACAUGCUGGGGCUCAGCCACCUCCAGCCUCCAGCAGCCGCAUCACCUAGCACCAACACCGGCGCCGCUCCUCCUCCUCCUCCUCCACCUCCACCAACUGGAAUGAACUACCCAGCCUCAGGCCAGCCGGCCUCCGGCCCAGCAGCAACCAUCCCGGGCCUUGGCUUGAUCCGAGGCGCCAGCGGUGAGGUCCGCAUGGGCAGUCCCCGAAGCGGAGGAGGAAGCAGCAUGGGAGGCGGGCUGUACGGCGGCACCCUGACGGCGGACGCGUUGUCCUCAGGAGCAGCCGCAGGCGGCGGCGGUGAAGGGGGCUAUGCGGGGUCGCACAGCCUGUCAGGGGUGGUUCCGCUGUCGCUGGCGAAUGGCAGCACCGGCGGCGGCAGCAUGGGAGGUGAAGGGCUGCCGAGCAGGGAGGCGCUGAUGGCGCGGCUGUCGCAGGUGGCAGCAGAUGCUGAUGGCGUCAUGAUGCCUCGGAGCAGGUCCAGGGUCCAGCUGAUGGGCAAUGACGACCUGUCUGAGAUCCUCUCCGGCCGCAGCACCACCACCGGCUCCGGAGCCAACCUGUCCAGCUCGGCCAACAUUCAGCAACAGAUGCUUCCAGCACGCCGUCCCUCAUCCGUUUUCACCACGCAGCAACAACAGCCGCAGCAGCAACAGCAUGGCAGCCCACAACACCCUCCCUCGCGACUGUCCGCCGUUAUUGAUGCGCCGUUGGGCGGCACUAGCAGCAGCGGUGCAGGUGCACCGGUGAUGGAAGCUACUACUGCUACUACUGCCGGGUUUCAGGGGCAGGCGGUGGAACUGCAGCAGCACCAGCACAUGCUGCCAAGCGUCUUCACAACCGCCGCGGGGCCGCUAGGGGAACAGCACGACGGUGGCGCUGCUGGUCUGGGCUUCGGCCUCGGUGGAGUCGGGACCGGCGGCAGCAGCGGCGGUGGGGCUGCCGAUGUGCUGUUGGGCUCCACGGGCAACCUCUUGAGCGGUGUGGCGGGCUUGGCGGCUCCGCUAGCGCCAUCAUCGGAGCGACACAAGCUCCAUGCCAACAUGCAGCAGCACCAGAAGCCGCAACUGCAGGUCACCAUUAGUGGCGCCGUCGCCAUCAGCGGAGUGGGCGGCGUCGGCGGCGACCCGCCGUCGCCGGCUAGCGGCGGCAUGUCUCCCGUGCGCCGCGGCGGCGGUGGUGGAGGCGGCGGUGGUGGCGGGGGCAGCACCACCGGAAUGGCCUUCUUAGAACGCUCCAAUGACUCCUUUGUGCGAAUGGGCAGCAUGCAACACGGCGGCGGCGGUAUUGGUUUCGGAGUCGGCGGUAGCAGCAGUGCCACCGGCAUGGCUGGCGGCGGCGGCGGCUCCGGAAUCGCCUCUCCUAUACCGUACACGCUUCCCCAGCCUUCGGAUUCACCACCCGCCACCGGCGGUCACCUGCUGCUGGCUGCGCGCGGCAGCAGUGGCGGCGCCAGCGGCCCAGCCCUCACCCUGCCAUGUCGUGGCGGCAUCACCCCAGGUCCCCAAGGCCAGACGACGCAGAUGCACUCCCAGUUUGGAAGCGGCGGUUCUUCCUCUCUACGUGUCAUCGUGCCAGGCGCAUCGCCGCCUCCGUCGCCCGCUGGCGGCGGCACUCCCGGUGCACUGGGCCGGGCUUCAAGCCUGCACAGCAUGAACUCUAGCGGAUCCUUUGGCGGCAGCCCGGCCGCCGGCAAGUUGCUGGGGGGAGGCGGCUCCGUCGCCACCCGUAGCGCUAGGUUCUCCUCCGCCGCCACGGCUGCGGCGACGGCGGCAGCGUCGCCGAGCCAGCGGAACAGCGCGUUCGGUGGCGGUGCAGGCCGCGCCUCUGUCAUCGUGCACCGCGCGGUCAAUCGUGGCGGCGAGUUUGAUGACUCGGAGGAAGACGAAAACGUUGGGGCUGCUGACGACGGCAUGGGUACGGGCUUUGGUGGCGGUGCCGGCGGUGGCUUUGCAUCGUACGGCACGACGGCGAGUCGGUCGCGCGUCGGCAGCAUUGCGGUGUCCAUGUCGCCGAAGCGGAUGAGCGCAGCGCCUAGUCGCUCGUCGUUGGCUAUGGGGGGUGCAGCGCACGACGACGAGUUCAACUUCUAGGUCCUGCUAUGCCGUGUUUGUUUCUAGUUUUUCCUGGUCCACUGUUUUUUCCUGGUCGAAGGCUGUUUGUAUGCGCUGCCAUGCCCUGAAAUGGGACGGGAUGCCAAUGCCGGGUUGCCUCGGACUGUGGAUUGGCGGUAUUGGCUGAAGAUGCUAACGUUACAUAGUAUAUACCGGUCGUUCCUGUGGAGCAGCGCGUCACUAUGUAGAUAUGUGUGACACGUGCCACAUACCAGUGUCGGCACUUGGCGCGGCAAGUUUACGACUUGCAACGUGGGUCUAAUAUGAGACAUAGAGCAUGGGAUUGCGACGUGUUACGUGGUGACUGUACGAAUAGAAGAGUUGGGGUGUUUGGCGCCAGAUUGAUUAUCAGAACCCCCGCGAACCAAUCAUGCCUGAAAACAGGCGCCAUCGAAUAAGCACCAGCCGAUUUUAGGUUCCGUAGAUGCAACGAUACGUGAUCGUGUAGAGUCAAUAAGUAAGGUGUGAAAGGGCCACUGACUCC